AUGAGAGGGAUUAUAGGACCACACGUCAACGGAACAGUUAGACAUGUGAGAGGGAUUAUAGGACCACACGUCAAUGGAACAGUAAGUCUUGUGAGAGGGAUCAUAGGCCCACAAGUCAACGGAACAGUUAAGUUUAUAGGACCACACGUCAAUAGAACAGUUAGUCCUGUGAGACGGAUUAUAGGACCACACGUCAUUGGAACAAUUAGUCCUGUGAGAGGGAUUAUAGGCCCACACGCUAAUGGCACAGUUAGUUCUCUGAGAGGGAUUAUAGGACCACACGUCAAUGGAACAGUUAGUCCUGUGAGAGGGAUUAUAGCACCACGCGUCAAUGGAACAGGCAGUCCUGUGAGAGGGAUUAUAGGACCACACGUCAAUAGAACAGUUAGUCCUGUGAGACGGAUUAUAGGACCACGCGUCAAUGGAACAGGUAGUCAUGUGGGAGGGAUUAUAGGACCACACGCUAAUGGCACAGUUAGUUCUCUGAGAGGGAUUAUAGGAUCACACGUCAAUGGAACGGUUAGAUCUGUGAGAGGGAUUAUAAGACCACACGUCAAUGUAACUGUUAGAUCUGUAAGAGGGAUUAUAGGAUCACACGUCAAUGGAACAGUUAGUCAUGUGAGAGGGAUUAUAGGACAACACGUCAAUGGAACAGUUAGUCCUGUGCGAGGGAUGACAGGAACACACGUCAAUGGAACGGUUAGUACUUUGAGAGGGAUUAUAGGACCUCACGUCAAUGGAACAACAAGUCCUGUGAGAGGAAUUAUAAGACCACAGUUAAACGGAACAGUUACUCCUGUGAGAGGGAUUAUAGGACCACACGUCAAUGGCACAGUAAGUCCUCUGAAAGGGAUAAUAGGACCACACGCCAAUGGCACAGUUAGUUCUAUGAGAGGGAUUAUAGGACCACACGUCAACGGAACAGUUAGGCCUGUGAGAGGGAUUAUAGGACCACACGUCAAUGGCACAGUAAGUCCUCUGAAAGGGAUAAUAGGACCACACGCCAAUGGCACAGUUAGUUCUAUGAUAGGGAUUAUAGGACCACACGUCAACGGAACAGUUAGUCCUGUGAGAGGGAUAAUAGGACCACACGCCAAUGGCACAGUUAGUUCUAUGAUAGGGAUUAUAGGACCACACGUCAACGGAACAGUUAGGCCUGUGAGAGGGAUUAUAGGACCACACGUCAAUGGAACGGUUAGUUCUGUGAGAGGGAUUAUAGGACCACACUGCAAUGGAACAGUUAGCCCUUUGCAAGGGUUUAUAGGCCCAUAG